AUGAAUGCCGCCGAGGUGCAGAGGCAGCACACCCAAGUGUCGGCGAUGGGCCAUAUGGAGCCGCUGCAUGUGGGAUCUCUUCUUGAUGCUCUAGCACGCAUGGUGCAUACGCCUGCCGAGGCAUUUGUCGAGCGCGAUACCCUCCUGCACCGAUGUGACGACGAAGCUGCGCAGGCGUUGGAGACGUCGGACACGCGAUGGAACAAUGUGCGCCGGGCGCGCUACCAAAUUCGUCUGUCCGUGCGUACCGAGCACGGAAUGACGCAGCUCGUGCUCCCGCAGCCGCCCGUGCCACCUGGCGCCGCACCAUCCGUGGCCGUCCGCACGGUCGUGAUCGUCGAUGUCUUGACGCCCGCGCCUGACAUGCCGCCCACGCCCCUUGAGACGACGACGAUCUUUGCCAUGCCUAUCGAAGAGCUCGCGGAGCAUGCCCAGCACCGCGCUGGGUGGGACGAACUUGUGGCUCUGCUGCAAUGGGCGCCCGAACGCCAGGUCAUGCGGUACGGCCUGCGGUAUGUGCUGCCGUCCGAUCAUCCGCUUGUCCUGCAUGAAUUGCGCAUUUUCCGCGCUACGGAUUGGUCCAUCGAUGCAUCCAAUCGACCCAUCGAGUGGACGCCGAGUUCACAGAUCCACGUCCGCGUGGUAUCGACGCUGCGGUCCGACGUUGGGCCCGGCAUUCCCAAGAGCCAGCAGGACGAGACAGCGCGUGCAUUGGAGUACGCUAUUCAGUACACGAAGCACCUGCAAAAGUCGCUGGACGCGAUCGUGCCCCUGGAUCGUGAUGCCUCCUAG